UAGGAACUGCGGUAGCUGCGGGCAUUCUAAAUUCUUACCACCACGCACCACCCACGCCAACACCCCUCCCUCGUUACCCAUCCUCACCCCUUCCAACCUGCGAAUACAUCUUGAUGAUCUAGCGACGUCCUGCGCCCAACCAGCGCCGCACAGCCGUUCGUCAAAAUGCCUACACCCCAGACGCGAGCGCAGCGUCCUCGUCGAGAGCUACGCAGCGAUGCCAUCGCAGAGCCCUCGUCGCCGUCGCGCCCCCAGAAGCGUCGCAAGAAGAAUGACGAUGCGCCCGUCGAGCCCGAGGAGGAGAAUUCGUCGCUUGUCGCAGAUCAGUCCGGCGUCAACGAAGAGGACGAAGACCAGCUUGUCACGCGCGUAACGCACCAUCUCGCCGCGCCCGUGGACGCCGCGCAGGCCAGCAGCGAUCAUGCCAACAGCAUGCACGAGUCCCACAAGGAGGGCGUGCAGGCCUACGCCAAAAUCGCCGCCCAGGACUGGACCUACUAUGUCAAGGCCCUCACUGUCAACAUCGGCCGCUCCUCGGAGCCCGCAGCCCAGAAGCGGCCUGACCAGGAUGGCGACGCCGACCCUGCUGUGCACAUCGACCUCGGACCCAGCAAGAUGAUUUCGCGUCAGCAUGCGGCUGUCUACUUCAACCACGACGUAGAGGAGUGGUGGCUGGUGGUCAAGGGUCGCAACUCGCUCAAGGUGGACGGCACGCUUUGGAAGUCGGGCCAGAAGGGCCCUUUGCGGAGCGGCGAGGUCAUUGAAAUUGCCGGCACCGAGAUGAUGUUCGUCCUGCCCAUCGACCUCAGCCCGCUGCAUAUCCACGAGAGGUACCUCGAACGGGCGGGUCUUGCAAAGCCCGGCUCUCCCUCGUCGUCUCGCCCGCCUCGCCGUCCGCUGCCGUCGUCGGGCGAGGCUCAGGCACUGCAGUCUAGUCCUCAGGUCAAAUCCUCUCGUAACCAGGGCUCUGGCCCUCAGAAGACUCUGGCUCCGGCCCCGCCUGAUUAUAAACGCCCUGGCACGCCUCCAUCCGCUCGGAGCCGAGCUGCUGCUCCCCAAACCUCGCCGGCCGUUGAGCAGACACCGUUGAUGAUGAUGACUGGUAACCACGAUGCCGACCUGAGCUUGGAUGAGAACAAGCACAUGAAGCCGCAGUAUAGCUAUGCGCAGAUGAUAACCCAGGCCAUCACUCACACGCAGGACGAGAAGCUUAAUCUCAACGGCAUCUACAAUUUCAUCACCAGCAGAUACUCGUAUUAUCGCCAUCAACCUCCGUCGGGCUGGCAGAAUUCCAUUCGGCAUAACCUCUCACUCAAUAAGUCGUUUGAGAAGGUUGCGCGCUCUACAGACGAGCCCGGGAAGGGCAUGAAGUGGCAGCUCGUGGCCGAGACGCGCGAGGAUAUGAUCCGCAGCGCCUACCGGGGCGGCCGCGGCGGCCAUCGAGGCUCGUCCAACCCGUCGUCGCCAAGCCAGCUGAACUACAUCACACAGGGCCCGAGAGACAUGGCGGCUAGAGAUUCCGUCUCAGCGCGCAAGCGCAAGGUGUCGCCUUCUGGCUCGCCCCAACCGCGCUCGGCGCCGGCAAUUAGAGGCUCGCACCAGACGCCCGUACGUAGCUCUCGCAAGCCCCUCCCCGACGAAGCGGGAACGGGAGCCGACGGUAGCCCUCUACCUCGCCUCCGCAAGAACAACGCCUCGAGCACGCUAGGGGCCUCGGAGAAUAACAACGUGCCUGGUUCCCCGACGUUGACGUCGUCAUACCUACAAGAAGACGGUGCGUCCUUUGUCACGCCGGCACCACACCGAGUUCAUCUCAAGCUCGCUCCCCCCAGCACGGCCCAACGGCCCAGCCAGCACAUGCCGACCAGCUCUCCCGCUCCGUUCUGGAAAUAUGCCGACAUUGGUAGUACGCCGCUAAAGCCCACUCAGUUCGACCUAAGCCCGUCGAAGCCGCACGGGGCCCUGCCGCCCCAGAGCAGCAGCCCAGCUCCAGCGCGGAGCAAAUCGCCAGUAGCGAGCCCGACGCGGCCCAGCCGCGCCGUAGUGGACGACCCCCCAAGCCCAACCGCCGAGAUUGAGGAGGACCAGGGCUUUGAUCUAACCAAGGGUUUUCAGAGCAUUGGCAGCUACCAUGCCCCGGUCGGGCACGGCAAGCAGGUUCAGCCGCCGGCGACAAACGGAGAUAUCGUCACCUAAGUGGCGGCAUGUUCAUUUUCCGGAUACAGAGCCACCCUUUUCUCUUACUAUCUCGGAAGGAGACUCUUUGUAUCACGUGUGCGACUGUUGUAUCAAUAGAGGGAUGAGGAUGCUCGCGGCUCUGGAGGGACGCCAUCUAGCACACUUGAUCUUUGGCCGGGGCCGAUUUUUUUUUCUCGUUCUUUUCUUUUUUUGCAAAAAGUCCAACCGCUCUUCUGAGGUUUUUGCUAGAUACCU